GGUUACCAUCCGUUGCCUCAUGAAGCUGAAAUCGCACACACCAAAAAGCUGUUCAGAAGACGGAGAAACGACCGGAGGAGACAGCAGAGACUUCCCAGUGGGAACAAGCCUCAGCAGCACGCAGAUCAUCAGCAAGGUGGCACCAAACACAACAGGGACCACCAGAAACUCUACCAAGGAGGCCAGGCCCCUCACUCCUCAGGCAGGACAGGCCACCACGGCUACAGCCAGAACCGGAGAUGGCACCACAACCAGAAGCACUCACCCAACGACAAAGAAACGCACAGAAACGCCAAAGAGACUGAGAAUUUGAAAAUCGAGGACACCUCCGCCUGCACAGUGCAUAGUCCCGCAGAGACGCACCGAGGCCCAGAGCCUUUGGAGAAGCAGUCUCAGCAAUACAUCCAGGAGUCAGAGACCAAGCGGAAAGACAGUAUUCAUGAGCGCAUUGGGGAAAGACCCAAGAUCAAUUUGCUUCAGUCUUCCAAAGACAGACUGCGGAGGAGACUAAAAGAAAAGGACGAAGUCACGGUGGAAACCACCAAUCCUGAAAAGAACAAAAUGGACAAAUUAAUUGAAAUCCUCAACAGCAUGAGGAACAACAGCAGUGAUGUUGACUCUAAGCUCACCACCUUCAUGGAGGAGGCCCAGAACUCUACCAACUCCGAGGAGAUGCUGGGGGAAAUAGUCAAGACCAUCUACCAGAAGGCGGUGACAGACCGCAGCUUUGCUUCCACAGCAGCCAAGCUCUGUGACAAAAUGGCCCUCUUCAUGGUGGAAGGAACCAAAUUCCGGAGUCUGCUCCUCAACAUGUUGCAG